AUGGACGAUCCAGAGCUGGAGGCCAUUCGGCGCGCGCGCCUGGCGGAGCUGCGCGGUGCCCAGGGAGGCAGCAUGCCUAGUAUGCCAUCUGUGUUGCAGGGCGGCAGCGGCCGCAGCAGUGCGACCGAUGGCCAAGACGACAACAUGGCGCAGCAGGAGGAGAUGAAGCGCCAGCUUCUCUCUCAGAUCCUUGAAAGUGAUGCAAGGGAGAGGUUAUCGCGCAUUGCACUAGUCAAGCCACAGAAGGCGGCGGCCAUCUCGGACAUUUUGUUGCAGAUGGCGCGCUCUGGGCAGGUUCGGCAGCGUGUGUCGGAAGAUCAGUUGAUCAUGCUACUCGACCAGGUUGACCAGGUAGGCGCGAAUGAGUCGGCAAACAAGAUCACGGCUGUCUCGCGGUCGGACGAGCCCGACCUGCUCAGCUUCGCGCUCCCCCAACGGCCCCGGCAGUCCCUGCACCCUGAGCGGCCCAAGGCGAAACGCGCGGUCGCCUGGACGCUGCCCAUGCCGCGACUGUAUCUGCGCAUGCCCAAGUCGUCCCUCACAGGGCUCAUGAGCUCGUUUGCCGGGUUCAUGGACAUCAAGGUGGGCUGCCAGAUUCUCUCAUUGUUCUCGCUCUUCAAUAAGAUUGCGGGUGUGUAUGGCAUUAUAGCCGUCUUCCAGGGCGGUUCCUUUGCGCAAGUCUCUCUUUACUUGUAUUCCAUUGCGACAAUUCCCAUCUUUAUCUGGGGUCUUAAGGCCAUUAGUGACGAAAAGCACGAGUCGGUGUUGCGAUAUGCCCAUGUAUACAUGCUGGACCAUAUGGUGUCGACGGGGUGGACGAUGAUGUUCGCGUUGUGGUGGUACUAUUACGCCCCUCACGACGGCCGGCGCGUGUCCAAUUCAGACCACCAGGCCGGGCUGAUGAGCUUGAUUGAGUCGCUAGAGGCGCAGUACCGCUCGCCCGAAGAAAUGGCCCUCUUGCGGCACAAGGACAUUGAUGUCAGCACCUCAGCCGGGGCGGCGGAGGCCGCGAUGCGCGUGCAACAGGCGAAUGAAACGUGGCGCUCCGAGCGCGGCUUCGCCGCUGGCGUGCUGGCGAUGGGCUGGCUUAUCAAGAUUUACUUUGCCCUCGUAUUGUAUGCGUAUGCGUUGCAUCUGCGGCAUGGCACGUACUGGUUGCUGCCGCUGUCGAAAUCGCGCCGGGCCAAUGCGGUGCAUGCCUCUACAUACCAGGUUGUGCCCCAUGAGGGCGAUGAGGCUGCACUGCCGGAGGACGAGCAGCCGGCAGCCGCUUCAUAG